CGCGCGCCUAACGGUCCGCGCCCGCCCGCCGCCGCCCCGCGCGGGAGGAGGAGGAGGAGGAGGAGGAGGAGGAUGAAGGAGAUGAAGCAGCGGAGGAAGAAGGAGCGCACGUGGGCCGAGGCCGCCCGCCUGGUGCUGGAAAAUUACUCUGAUGCUCCUAUGACCCCAAAACAGAUCCUGCAGGUCAUAGAGGCUGAAGGACUGAAGGAAAUGAGUGGCACCUCUCCCCUGGCCUGUCUCAAUGCCAUGCUGCACUCCAACUCGCGGGGUGGCGAUGGCCUCUUCUACAAGCUGCCUGGACGGAUCAGCCUCUUCACACUCAAGAAGGACGCCCUGCAGUGGUCCCGCAACCUGUCGGUGCCAGAAGGGGAGGAGGUGGAGGAUGCAGCAGAUGCAGAGAGCUGUGGGUCCAAUGAAGCCAGCACUGUGAGUGGUGACAACGAUGUGUCUCUCGAUGAAACCUCCUCCAACGCCUCCUGUUCCACUGAGUCCCAGAGCAAGGCUCCUGCUGCCACCCGGGAGAGCUACAGAACUGCCUCCCAGACAAGCAAGCAAAAGAAGAAGCCUGGAGUGAUGCUGCCUCGUGUUGUGCUCACACCCCUGAAAGUCAACGGCGCACACAUGGAGUCUGCCUCUGGCUUCCCAAGCAGGCAUGCAGAUGGGGAGAGCAGCAGCACCUCCAGCAGCAGCAGCAGCUCCUUGGCCCUCUGCAAAGCCUCCUUGCGCAGCAGAGUAGAGAUCAACAGGGACCCUCCCCAGCUGCUCAGAGGCAUCCGGAAGCCCACAGCAGGGCAGAUGAAAAGGAACCGUGGUGAGGACAUUGACUUUGAGACUCCUGGUUCCAUCCUGGUCAACACCAACCUGCGAGCGCUCAUCAACUCCAGAACCUUCAACGCUCUCCCCUCCCACUUCCAGCAGCAGCUGCUCUACCUCCUGCCCGAGGUGGACAGACAGGUGGGGGCUGACGGCUCGAUGCGGCUCAGCGGCAGCGCUCUCAACAAUGAGUUCUUCACCCACGCUGCGCAGAGCUGGCGGGAGAGGCUGGCUGACGGUGAAUUCACCCACGAGAUGCAAGUUCGAAUUCGGCAGGAGAUGGAAAAGGAGAAGAGAGUGGAGCAGUGGAAGGAGAAGUUCUUUGAGGACUACUAUGGACAAAAGUUGGGCUUGACCCAAGAAGAAUCCCAGGAGCAGAACUCGGUGCAGGAGGACGCAGAGAACAGGACGGGGCUGGCUGUGAAGGCAGAGGCUCGGCUGCCGCGGGGGCCGGCGGCUCGGCAGCGGGACGGCCACUUCCGCAAGCGCUCCCGCGCCGACCUCCGCUGCAGGGCCAGGAGGAGCCUCUACAAACUGCGGGAGGCUGAGCAGGCAGAGGCCUCCAAGGAGGCUGCUCCAGCAGCAGCUGAUCCCUCCCUUCGCAAAGACACCAAGCUUGAAGCAGAGCUGAAGAAGGACGACCUGCGGAGCCCUUCGGCCGCGGCGCUGAAGCCGGAGACUUCCCAAUCCCACCUCUCUCCCGAGGCUUCCAAACUCCACGGGCAAUCCGAAGACCCAUCCCUGGCAGCUGCAGACAGGAUUCCUGCUCUGCCCCAGGAGAGCCCUGCUCCUCGGGAUUCCAAGGACCAGAAGAGGAAGUGCUUUGAGGAGGCAGCCUCCGCGUCCUUCCCCGAAAAGAAGCCCCGGCUUGAAGAUCGUCAGUCCUUUCGUAACACAAUUGAAAGUGUUCACCCAGAAAAGCCACAGCCUACUAAAGAGGAGCCCAAAGUCCCACCCAUCCGGAUUCAACUGUCACGUAUCAAACCUCCCUGGGUGGUUAAGGGUCAGCCCUCUUACCAGAUCUGCCCCCGCAUCAUCCCCAGCACCGAGCCCUCCGCCCGGGGCCGCGGCGGGGCCCGGACCCUCGCAGACAUCAAAGCCAGGGCCCUGCAAGCCCGAGCCCAGCGAGAGGCUGCCGCUGCCAUCGGAGGGGGCGGGGGCCCGGGCGGAGGGAGAAGCCCUGACGAAGGAGGCGGCGGCGGAGGAGGAGACGCCGGCGGCGGCCGCGCAGGGCACAGGAGAUCCAAGAGGACUCACCGAAAGCGUUCGGCAGAUCUGCAGCGAGCACAACUACUGUCGCCUCUCCAGCUGAGUGGGCAGCCGCUGGGCUCCCAGGUGGCUGCUCAGGAGGAUGACUCCAAGGCCUUCCUCUCCUCCAGACGAAGCCCCUUCUCCUCGGCCGGUGAGGGAAGCGGAGCUCUGGAAGGCGGUGCAGGGGCUGGCUCAGGGGAAGCUCAGCCCACUGCUGGGUCGCCCAGCAGCCUCCGUGAUGCUUUGACUGGGUCAUCAACUUGUGAGAGACAGGAGAAGAGCCCUGAGCAGCUCCCCUGUGAGCCAAGGACCGAAACCCCCUCCUGUGGAGCACCACAGGAGGGGCAGAGCAGCAGCGCAGUUCCUCCAGGGAACGGCCUGCGGUGGUCUCAGGGGCAGGGAGCUGCUGUGGGCAGUCCCGGGGCUGAUGGGUCACAGCUCAGAGGUGGUGGUGCUGCUCCUGCUGCCCAGCUGGCUCAGCACUCCAGCCUGAAGGGAAACGCCUCCAGCUGUCCUGCUCUGCUGCCAGAGUUGUCACCAGAUGGUAAAGAAUGCCACCAGGCAGAAGGGUUGGCUAGGUUUAGACUGAAUGGCUCUGAGGCGCUGGUGGAGAGGGGUGGCACUGGCAGUGGUGACUCCAGAGUGGCAGAGCAGGAGGUCCCUGUGCCGUGCAGCCUGGCAGGCCUGCAGGCAGAGAGAGUGAGCGAGGGCAAACCUUGGCACGAAGAGCAGAAGAUGGAGUCUGUGGUGGAACCUCCCCACGGUGACCUUGUUUCUCAGAACGGGAUCAAUACCUCUGACAAAGUGCAGCUGAGGGACAGGUGCCCUAGAACAGGACCAGAAGAUGCCCAUCAGGGAGAGCCUGAAGAGCUGCAGCCAAAGGGAGACGCCGAGGUGCAGAGCACACACAGCGAGACCACAGACACCGCUUCCGACCUGGAAGCUGAGGAGGGCUCAGAGCUGGACGCCUGCGGCAGAGGUGGUGGCUGCAGGGAGGUGGCUGGGAAGGGCUCCUCCUGUGGCAGCAGCGCCGAGGGGUGUGACAGGAUCAGAUCAGCAUCGCCUGUGGAAGCAGAGAGCGUGGCCUGUGCCGUGGGCUUCCCCGCAGAGCCGAGCACCGCAGCUGCAGCUCAGAGGUGGGCAGCACACACACCAUUGCCCCAGGACGCUGAGGGGCCAGCAGGCCUUGCCUGGCCUGUGCCCUCUGUUGAAGCCAACAACCCCCUGGUGAUGCAGCUGCUGAAGGGGAAGCUUCCCCUGGAAGAGCUUCUCCCAGGCCCUCACAGCAACACAGAGCUGGAUGGCACACAGCCGGCGCUGGGCACACGGUCGGAAAGCCUCUGCCUGCCCGGGGAGGGAGGCAGCAGCUGCUGUGUGGGCAAGGAGUCUGCUCCAGAUGUGGGAAUGAAGACAAGUGCCCUCAGCAGGAGUGAUGACUUCCACUCGCUGAGAUCUUCUGUCGACCCCCAGGAGAAGUGCGGGGCGGGGGCAGCGCUGCCUGCAGCCAAGGGUGCAGAGGAUCAACCUGUUCCAGAAACACAUUCCAAAGUUGGUUCAGCUUUAAGCUGCCAAGACCAAGUGGCAAAUGUGGCAAGUGCCUCUCAGAAGCCUGAAGAUUUGGGACCUCUGGGAAGAACAUUUUCCUCCUGUAGCUUUGAGGAGCAGAAGGAGUUGCCCAAGGUCCAUCGGAUGCCGCAGCACAACCUGUUAGCCAGCAUCACCGCAAAUAAAAGCCCAGACAAGCUGAAAGCAUCUGCAGAGCCUCAGUUUGUAUCUCCAGCUCUCCCUUCUCUUGGUCCAAAUCAGACAGGGGGUGCCUCGGGCAGCAAAAGUUACGUUGGGGUUCAAGGCAAGAAGCUCUUUGGCUCUGGCUUCCCUCGUGGCCCCAGCGUUCGCCUGCAGCCCCCCAGGGCUUUAGACCCCGCUUCAGCCGUGGGGACCUCAUCCCCCAGCAAGCAGAGUCCUCUGGAGAAGAGCUGCGUGGCAGGAGGAGGCAGGGCGGCUGCGAGGGACGGGUGGACCCCCAAGCAGCACAGCACCCCUCUGGGAGCAGGCAAGAGCGAGAAGGGUUCAGCGUGCAGCAGCCUGGCCAAGAGCAACGCCGAGAACAGGAGCGCCGCGGCCGGGACCCCCGCGGAGCCUUGGGAGCAGCCGCAGGGCUUACCCCUGCCGAGGGACCACCUGCCCUUCCUCAAGCUUUCCAGGGAAGCCGGGAAGGGCCAGAGUCAGCCCUUGGAGCCUUCUUCCAUCCCCUCUCAGCUGAACAUCAAGCAGGCGUUCUACGGGAAGCUGUCGAGGCUGCAGCUGAAGCCCGGCGGCCGGAGCUGCUCCCCGGGCGCGCCGGCGUUCGCCCGCAGCGUGGUGCAGCUCAGCCACCGGGGCGGCCGCGGCGCCGCCGCCCUCUCCGUCCAGAUGUUCGCUGACAGCAGCAGCAUGGAUGAGAUCUCCUUCAAGUGCUCCUGCAGCCUGAAAGCCAUGAUCAUGUGUAAAGGCUGCGGGGCCUUCUGCCACGACGACUGCAUCGGCCCCUCCAAGCUCUGUGUACUGUGCCUUGUGGUGAGAUAAUGGCCGCUGGCCGCGGGCGCGCUGUGUGUUGUGUGGUGUCCUUUGGUAACGACCGAUCCUGACUCCCGUACACCAAAUCCUCUCCUGUCUGUAGUAGAAACGCCCUCACGCUCUGGCUGGGGAGGAGAGCUGAGCUGCCUUCCCACCCAGCACCACGGUGCAAAGCCCUUUCUCGCUUCUGGGGGUGGAGGAUCUGGAGGGAUCCUUCUGCUUCGUGCGCCCGUGGAAGCCCCAGCUGUGCCCUGAGGAGAGGCAGCUUGCCGUGGCCACGCGUGGAGCCUCUGCCGAGGAGCUGCUGACAUCCAGAGGAACUGGAAGGAGACGUUUCCUACUUCAGGGCUGUGCUAGGUGAGGCCCUUCAGUCUUCCACUCUCCCCUCCUGCCAUCUCCAGCCCUGCUCUGCGCAGGAGGAGCCGGCGGGCAGCCUGCGAGCCAGGAGCUGCUCUGCAGUGCUGGUUUGAGCGGUGCCUGGGGUGCUGCAGCAGGAUGUGGUGCCCAGCAAAGCACUCUGCAGGAGGCUGUGGAGCCAGCCACAGCUCAGCCUGCACCGCAUGGAGCCAACACGGAGGAUGCAGGGAGAACAAAAGGAAACAGAAGCAUGGCCGGUGCCAACCCGGUGCCUUCUGCUGCGCUGCAGGAUGCUGCGUGGCCCUGGCUGGACUGCUGGCCAGCUGCUGCCACCACUGCCUCUUGGCUGGCUUCACAAACUGAGGUGAAACCUUGGGAGCUUCCCAGAGCUCUUCGGUGUGGCCAAGUGACCUCUGCACCGCAGCCCUGCCUGCCGGGGGGGACCUCAGCCUGGCUGAGCAUCUUGGCUGUGCAUCUGUGUGACCAUCAGUGACCAUCAGCUAACAUUUAAAGCAGUGUUUUUAUCCCACCCCCCUUUAUUAUAUUUUUUUUUAAAUGAGUUUGGGGUUGGUUUCUUUUGGUUUUCUUGAUUUUCAUUCUUUGGCUGUACAAAGUGAAUCCUUUUGGCUCCUGUGAGUGCCCUCUCUGCAUCUGUUGGGUCAUGUAUUUAUAUGUUGUACACAGUACUGGCCAACUCUGUAAAUGGAUGUGAUGUACAUAGGACAUAAAGGGGUCUCUCUCUUUUCGGUUUGCUUUUCUCUUCGGUUGUCCCCUCCUGGGCUUACCAGGCUCUCACAGCAGUAUUGCAUUCAAGUGGUGGUAGAUAACCAACCUGCACCCCCUGCCUGGAGCCGCUCCUCUGUCCUGCCCAGCCUCAGGCUCAGUGCACCAAAGCCUCGCCCUGUCCCCUGGGCUCCCUGCUGCAGGCAGGAGGUGAGGUGGGAGCUCUAGGAUGACCUCGGUGGGGGUUGUGGAAGCCGAGUGGACUCCAGCAGUCGCUGCUCUGAGCUGUGCGUUGCUGCCGUGCGAGCUGGUGAGCAGCCCUGUGCGGGGUGGAUGGGGAGCGGCUGAUGAGCGGGAGGGGGAAUCGCUCCUGGGGGGAGGGGGGGGAGAGAUUGGCUGAGUGAUUGCAGCAGCAGCCAGAACGGGGAGGGGUUGGUGUUUGUUUUCUCCUGUCCCUUCUCUAGCUCUAUCCUACCUCCCUUGACCAUGCACUUUUGUUUUUAACCGUACAAGUCCCUGUCUGAGGUGCAGCCUGAGGGAUGCAAUGAGUUGUAGUCUGCAAUGGUUUAUCCUGAACGCAUCUGACAGCCUCCGAGUGUGGGGGGAGGAGAGGGACCAAGGCAGCCCGGGCUGGACCGAGCCGACAGCAGAGCUGGGGGGUGUGGAACCUGCUUACCAAAGAUAGGAAGCAGAGCCAGGGUCUGGCUCUGCCUCCUUUGGGGCCACUGCAGUGUACAGCUGGGGCUGGGCUGGGGGGCCCUGGGGGGCCCUGCUCUCAUGUAUGUCCCUUGUGGUAUUGGAAAAAUAAACACUCUGUAAAACCUGCA